UGGCUAAAGGCUAUGUUAAAGGACGAAGAAACAUCUGUUGCUACAUCCUCCUCGCCAUAGUUUUUGAGCUGCUGUCCGCCGCUAGGGUUUGCUACCGAUAUUUCCUUCAUUUACCUCUCAGGAAAACCAGCAGCCGUAUAGAAAAUGCACGUUACCCGGUUAGGAAAGUUUUACACCAGCUCGUUUGCAAUAUCUGAAUAAAUUAAUGUCUGGAAGGCAGAAAACGCAAAAACAUGACGGCCAAGAAAGCCGCUUUCCAGCCGCUGUCCAGUUCCCGCAUCCCGGCGGAGAGGAAGGGAGCGGCGGAGCGCGUUUGUAACCCCGAGUGCCGUGACUGCUCUUCCCCGCAGGAGCCGGAGAGACUGGCGGCCACCGUGUCGGGGAUUCACCAUCCCAUCGUGGGUGCUGUCGGGGGCUCGGGGCCGGUGGUGGUGGACGAGUCAUCCGACAGCGAGGGAGAGCAAGAAGGGCCGCAGAAACUCAUAAGGAAAGUGUCGACCUCCGGGCAAAUACGAAGCAAGACGAGUGUGAAGGAGGGUCUGCUUUUAAAACAGACGAGCUCUUUCCAGCGCUGGAAAAAACGUUACUUCAAAUUGCGGGGACGGACACUUUACUAUGCCAAGGAUGCCAAGACGGGUGGUGUUUUGGCCCGCUGGCAGUAUCGAGUCUCUCGUAGCCGUGUGUGCUGGAGGGUGCUUUCUGUCUGCUGGACCGGUGCUCGUCAUCCGCCCCCCACACUUGGUUCAAGUGCAUCAGAAGAAGGCUUGGUGGCCAUUCGGUCUCUGAUUUUCGAUGAAGUGGACCUUUCAGAUGCCAGUGUCGCCGAAUCAAGCACAAAGAAUGUCAACAACAGUUUCACAGUAAUUACACCGUUCCGAAGGCUUAUCCUGUGUGCCGAGAACAGGAAAGAAAUGGAGGAUUGGAUCAGCUCGCUGAAAUCGGUUCAGUCAAGAGAGCACUACGAGACGGCACAGUUUAAUGUGGAACAUUUCUCAGGGAUGCACAACUGGUAUGCCUGCUCCCACGCUCGCCCUACCUUCUGCAACGUCUGUCGGGACAGCCUUUCAGGGGUCACUUCUCAUGGACUGUCCUGUGAAGUAUGUAAAUUCAAAGCCCACAAAAGGUGCGCUGUCAGGGCCACCAACAACUGCAAAUGGACAACACUGGCCUCUAUUGGAAAGGACAUCAUUGAAGACGAGGAUGGGAUUGCAAUGCCCCACCAGUGGUUGGAAGGCAACCUGCCCGUCAGCGCAAAGUGUGCAGUUUGCGACAAAACGUGUGGCAGCGUGCUGCGCUUGCAAGACUGGCGCUGUCUGUGGUGCAAGGCAAUGGUGCACACAGCGUGCAUGGAUAUUUACCCCCGCAAAUGUCCCCUGGGCCAGUGUAAAGUCUCAAUCAUCCCCCCAACUGCUCUCAACAGCAUCGACUCUGAUGGUUUCUGGAAAGCCACGUGUCCUCCGUCUUGCGCUAGUCCACUUCUUGUGUUCGUCAAUUCUAAAAGUGGAGAUAACCAAGGGGUGAAAUUCCUCCGUCGCUUCAAACAGCUGCUCAAUCCGGCUCAGGUCUUUGACUUGGUCAAUGGUGGACCUCAUUUAGGUCUUCGGUUGUUCCAGAAGUUCGAUAACUUUCGAAUCCUGGUGUGUGGUGGAGAUGGAAGCGUUGGCUGGGUCCUGUCUGAAAUUGAUAAACUCAACCUUCACAAGCAGUGCCAGCUAGGCGUGCUGCCGCUGGGGACUGGGAAUGACCUGGCGCGGGUGCUCGGCUGGGGACCAUCGUGUGAUGAUGACACUCAACUCCCUCAGAUACUGGAGAAGCUAGAGCGAGCCAGCACUAAGAUGUUGGACAGGUGGAGCAUAAUGACAUAUGAGAUUAAAAUACCUCCCAAACACAGCUGCCCGGCCACACCUGAAGAGACAGAAGAUGGCCAGCUUCAAAUAUCUGCUUAUGAGGAUUCAGUAGCUACUCAUCUCACAAAGAUCCUGAACUCAGAUCAGCACUCAGUGGUCAUUUCUUCAUCCAAGGUUCUGUGUGAGACGGUCAAAGAAUUUGUGGCCAAAGUUGGAAAGUGUUAUGAAAGAAGCAGUGAGAGCUCAGAAGAGACUGAUGCAUUGGCCCUCAAAUGCGCAGUUUUGAAUGAGAAGCUCGACUCGCUUCUGCAGACGCUGAAUUUGGAGGCCCAGGUCCUGACCCCCUCAGCCCUCACCACUCCCCCUAUCGUAGAGGAGGAGGUAGAGGAGCUGGAGGAAGAGGAAGAUCUAAGUGAAGAGUCCAUUACAGAGCUGAAGGAAAACGAGACGGAGAAGGGCACGGCCCAUAAGCUCUUUAGACCCCGUGAGCAGCUUGUGCUGAGGGCCAACAGUCUGAAGAAAGCGCUGAGACAGAUCAUUGAACAGGCUGAGAGAAUGGUGGAUGAACAGAACGCUCACACAGAAGAGCAGGAGCUUCAGUCUCCUACAGACUUCAGGAAGGACAAUGAAGAGGAAAACAAAGACAAUGAGAAGGACGAAGACACUAAAGAACUGGAAUCACUGCCAUUGGCCAAGUCACCGUGCUCACCGCCAGACAGACGUAUCAGUCGCAGCACACAGUCCUGCGGUUCGUUUUCCAUCACACCCUUCACCACGAGCAAGGAGAAUCUGCCUGUUCUCAACACACGCAUCAUCUGUCCUGGACUGCGGGCAGGUCUUGCUGCCUCUAUAGCUGGAAGCUCCAUUAUCAGUAAAAUGCUGCUUGCCAACAUAGACCCAUUUGGUGCCACACCCUUUAUAGAUCCUGAUCUGGACUCAUUAGAGGGCUAUAUGGAGAAGUGCGUGAUGAAUAAUUACUUCGGGAUCGGGUUGGACGCAAAGAUCUCAUUGGAGUUCAACAACAAGCGCGAGGAGCACCCGGAGAAAUGCAGAAGUCGCACAAAGAACAUGAUGUGGUACGGAGUUUUGGGGACGAAAGAGCUCCUACAGCGAACCUAUAAGAAUUUAGAGCAGAAAGUUCAGUUGGAGUGUGAUGGCCAGUACAUCCCACUCCCCAGUCUUCAGGGAAUUGCGGUGCUGAACAUCCCCAGUUACGCCGGGGGGACCAACUUCUGGGGCGGGACCAAAGAAGAUGAUAUAUUUUGUGCCCCUUCAUUCGACGAUAAAAUCUUGGAAGUGGUUGCUGUGUUUGGCAGUAUGCAAAUGGCCGUCUCAAGGGUAAUCAAACUGCAGCAUCAUCGUAUUGCACAGUGUCGUACGGUUAAAAUCACCAUCCUGGGAGAUGAAGGAGUGCCUGUCCAGGUGGAUGGAGAGGCCUGGAUUCAACCUCCCGGGGUCAUCAAGAUUCAACACAAAAACCGGGCCCAGAUGUUGACAAGAGAUAGGGCAUUUGAAAACACAUUAAAGUCAUGGGAGGAUAAACUGAAAUACGACAAGCCUCCAUUGAGGCCACAUCUGUACCCUCAGCAUUCUGUGGAUCUGGCCACAGAAGAAGAGGCCGCACUCAUUCAGAUGUGCGCUCGGGCUGCCGAAGAUCUCAUCACCAGGAUUUGCGAGGCUGCCAAAAACUACCAGCUCCUUGAGCAGGAGCUCGCCCAUGCUGUCAAUGCCUCCUCUCACGCCAUCAACAAAACACACCCCAAGUUCCCUGAGAGCCUGACAAGAAACACUGCCAUCGAGGUAGCCAGCAACGUGAAGGCCCUUCAUAAUGAGACUGAGUCUCUGCUAGUAGGACGUGUGCCAUUGCAAUUGGACCCUCCACAUGAAGAGCUGCUGUCCAGUAGUCUGCAGAGUGUAGAAGUUGAACUGGGUAAGCUGGCUGAGAUCCCCUGGCUCUAUCACAUCCUACAGCCCAAUGAUGAGGAGGAUCACUCACUGGAAUAUGGAAAGAGAAACAGUCGGAGCAGUAUGUUUCGAAUAGUGCCAAAGUUCAAGAAAGAGAAAAUCCAGAAGAAGUCCAGUCCACAGUCAGUUCAGAGGUGGGGUACUGAGGAGGUGGCCGCCUGGCUGGAGCAGCUCAGCUUGGGGGAGUACAAAGACACCUUCAUCCGCCACGACAUCCGCGGAUCCGAGCUUCUGCACCUGGAGCGGAGAGACCUGAAGGAUCUGGGGAUCUCGAAGGUGGGACAUAUGAAGAGAAUUCUCCAGGGAACUAAGGAUCUGGCCAAGAGUUCGAUGGUGGACCUGUGAGACAUGAAGAUACGUUCCUCUCGUCAGCUCUCUAUUGGAGCUCGAGCGUAUGGAGGAGGAUUGUGGAUAGAGGGCUUUCACGUAGAAAAGCUAGGAGUGUUUUUAUUGAGAGCCGGUGUGCUGGUGCCAAAACGACAAGGAUUGUGUACGAGUCUUUGUGUUGGACCCAUAGAAAAGCCAUUACUCACUUAUCACACAAUCAGGUAUGCAAUUCUCAUUGCACAGGCAAACUCUUGGCCACUUUAAACGUUUUGAAAUCAAGUAGCAGAACAGGACUUCCAUGAAAUGUUCUCUCUGAGAAUAGCAAGGCCUCGAAAUAGCAAACUGGCUCUUUGCCUUGCGGUCGAUGGCAACAAUAGGAGGGUGAUGUGAUGUGUCAGCAAUAUUCUGCUUUCAACAGCACUGUUUACAUUUUAAGGAGACUGAAAGAGAAAGACUGCUUAGUAUUGCAAUGAAACGGCAAUCAUAGUAAAAGUGGUUGCGCGGUCCAAGAAAGGUCAAAGGGGGUUUUCUUUGACAGUGAUAUACUGAUGCAUGGUGUGCUUGCUAUAUUUGGAUAGCUAUUUUAUUGCAUGAUCAGCGCGUCUUGUUUUUUAUUGUACAAACUAACACUUGAACAAGUUUUUUAUGGAUUUAGUAUAAUGAUAUUUGUUACUACUGAAGCAUCCCUUUGGUAACAGUAGACUGCUGAUUCAUUUCUGUUAUAUCCGUCUGCAUGGAAACUUUGUGUGGAAAACCAACGUCAUGUGCCAUAUUUAUUGUAAAAUGAGCUUUAUUGGUAAGAAAUGUUUUUCGACAGUAGGACAUGUUAGGUAAGUCAACAUCCCGGUUAAAAACGGAUCAAAGUCACCCCUUGUUUUAAAAUGCUUUCCCAACAAACAAACAAAUUUAGAUACAGUAGAGAUAACUGGAAGUCUUAGCGUAAAUUUAUACAGUAAGUGGAUCCAGGCGGUAUAUUUAAACAUAGUGUUUAAUAUCAGUUCAAAUAGGAAUAUAAUAUUGUUUUAAAUAAGUAAUUGCAGUUGACCUGCAACAUUGCAUAGCGUAUUUGCUCUUUACGGCAGGAAGAUUUGAUCGAGUACCUGCGUCUGGUGGCAUUACAGGGUAUGAGAUGUUUUGGUUGCUAAUAUAUGCACUGUACAGUACAGUAUAUACAUUUACACAUUUAAACUCUUAAUGCCAUUUAUGAUUAAAGCUUUUGUAUAAUAGUAUGCUUGGAUGAUAUUAUCAGAUGACACAUUUAUUUGUGUAUAGAGCACCUUGUGAAUUCUCAUGUAAUCGCCUUUACACGUCAAGUGCUGUUGUACUCUGUGGAAGGUGCGUUAUCGUAUUUAUUUCUUCUCUAUGAAGUUUUAUUAUGUGAGGUUUUCCAUGGAAAACUAAAAUGAUGCACUUCACUCACUCCUCGUUUUUUUUUUUUUAAAUAAGGUGGAGUUUUGGACAGACAAAUCAUGCCAUGUUCUCUCCGAAAUUCAUAAAUCUUCCAAAUUGACGUUCAUGUUUAACUGUGCUUCCAGAAUAACUUGCUAGAUGUUUCCUCAUACAGACUAUGUAACAGCUGUGCCUCAUUUAUUUUAUUUUUUGUUUUUGUCAUUUUUUGGGGAAUUUUGAGCUACAUCUGUUUAUGCAUUUCCUAACACAACCAACUGUGCAUCAUAGCGGUGGACUUUAGCUUGAUGUUAUUUUAUCAUUUUCCUCUAGAUGGUGAUAGAUAACAUCAGUAGUUGAUUGAGGGAUACAGACGUGUGUGUGAGAGAGAGAUUUUUGGAAAAGAUGUGUUGUUCCCAAGUACUAAGAAAUGUAAUUCCACCCAUAAUUUACCUGAAUUAAAACAAACAGGGGAAUGAGACAAACCUAGAGGACUGGCUUUGGUUCAUUGGGUGGAAUAUUUCAAGAUGUUUUUUGAAGGAAAAAACACAUUUGAAGAGUUCACUGAGAGUUAUAUUCAUUAUUCCAUAACACAAAACUAGACUAGAUUCAAUCUCAAACUAAAAGUGAACUUCAGUUUAAUUAACCAAUAAUUGGUUAUUUAUGAAUUGAUCAUUGUAUGUGUAUAUCAUUGGUUCUCAACUGGUUUUGAUUCAGGACACAGAUUUGAUAUUGUACAUCAAGUAAAUAUGCAACACAAUGUCUAAAUUGUCUACAAAAAUGUUCUUAAAAUCAUUAACUCAUUCCCCGCCAGCCUUUUUUUUAAGUUUUUAAUAUUCUCCAAAAAUACACAUUUUAGCAAAAAGUUGAAAUAAUUGCAUUUUUGUGAAGGAAUUUUGUUCGAGAUCUGAUUCAGAAUGAUUAUCAAAACAUACAUGGAGUGUAAAAUUAAAUUUUUUUUUUUCAGUUUUUUUAUAAAUUGGGUUUAGUUGAGUCUAGUGGAUAAUGGCAGUAUUACAGAUUACUAUAAAAACUCAUCAGGAACACGUUUUUUUUUUCAUGCAAAUGUUUUCUUUUAAUUGACGAGAUAACAUUAAUAAUUAAUAAUAAUUUAAAAGUUAAUAGAAAGUUAGUAAUAUUAUAAUGAACUUCAUAUAACCUAUCUGACAAUAUGCUAAACUAUUAACUCUUUCACCACCAGCGUUUUUUUUAAAAGUUGCCAGCCAGCGCCAGCGUUUUUCAUGAUUUUCACAAAAGGUUAAUGCCUUCCAGAAAAUGUUCUUCUUCAAAUAUAUAAACAUACAAUAUACCAAAUGAAAGAACAGACCCUCUGCUUUCAAUCAAAAAAAAAAACGUUUCAUCCUACCUUCAGUGGUUCUUUUGUAAUCAGCUUUUGAAUAUGGGUAGGUUUCUGCAAAAACACCACAUUUUGAGCAAAAAGCAGAGAUAAUUCCAUUUCUGUUACGGACUUUUCAUAGAGAUCCCAUUCCGAGCGAUCUUUAAAACAGACACGGACAUGCAGCAGCUUGCCAUAGAGCAAUACUUCCGGGUUUAAAAAUUGCGUGGAUAAUAGCGGUAUUGCGGAAAGAUGGAAAUACUCGUCAUUGGCGGGGAAGCGUUUUCUCUAGAUUGACUAGAUAUCUCGUCAAUGGCGGGAAAAGAGUUAAACAUGAUAUAAGGUUGAAUAAAAAAAUUCAUAGUAUAUGAUUAUUGGGUAAUUGUAACUGCAUAAAAAAGCUGUUUGAUUGACAGUAUUUGGUUUCUCAAUUGAAUUUUGAUGGUCUUAUAGUCUAGGCAUGUUUGUGUUAUACAGUAAGUGACAGACAGACCCUAAGAGACAGUUUCCCGGACAGGGUUUAGAUUAAUCCAGGACUAGGCCUUAGUUAUAUUAGGACAUUUAAGUAGUUUUUACAAACAUACCUUACAAAAAAAAGAAUGCCGGUGUGCAUCCCGACGCUGGAUUUCCACCAACUGCGGAGCAGCUGCAGAUCGGCUCCGCUGCGUUACGGCUCCUCCGUCCGCCAAUACCCACCAGUUCCGUAUUUGUUGCAGAGGGGCUGCGUGCUGAAGUGACGAGGACCCAUAAAGUCUCGCAAAUUCACGUGAUGAUCGCGCGAUAUCUAGUUCUGUCUCCGCCCAUUAUGAUGUCAAAUUAUGACGUUUUGCUAGACCAGCCCAGAUCAAAAACACAACACGAGAUCUCGCAAAUUCAGGUAUGAUCAUGCAAUAUACUCCAGCAUCUGGCAAAAAUAGAAGCUCUACGUAUUUGUUCCAGAGGGCUGCGGAUGGCCGGAGCUGUGACGGAUUCGGAACACAGUCAGUGGAAAUACACACAUUGUCUUGAAUGGAAACCGAUUGACUCUGCCGCCGUUCCGCAGUGGAUCCGCAGCCGGUGGAAAUCCAGCAUAAGACCAAACAAUGGCACUGAUAUAUGCUAAGAUCAAGGGGCAAUCUUAGAGUCUCUAUCGUUAGGACAACACUGAAGUGACUUAAACUGCAAUUCAUCGACUGGCCACUAGAAGUAAUUCCCAUAAACCCCAUGUUAAAAUAUUUUCUACUGUAAAGUUGGCCAAUGUCUAUAUAGCUAAUUUUGUCCUUAAUGACAACUGUUAGGGGGGUGAAUUGUUUAUAACUCAUCUGUUUAAAUGAUAUUCUGCAUAAUUAAGGGCGUGGCCACUUGAGUGACGUGUGAACUGCCACUGCUGUUACUAGAAUCGAGCUAGGCGGGGUUUCAGCAACCAGCCAUGUCAUUUUCGGUUAUCCGUGAGUGAUGCGCAGUGACGCAAUGCCAAGAUGGCGACGCCAGUCCCCGCCAACUAUUGGCUUCAAAAAGCUCUUCACAAACCUGUGAGUGACGUCAUAGACACUACAUCCAUAUUUUUUACAGUCUAUGGUUAAUAUAUUUCAGUGCAAGAUUUUUUUUAUUAAAGCAGCUCAAACAUUAAUUUUAAACUGGGAGGGUAAGCAACAUCUGGGAAACAGCCCCUAAAUAUUGUAGAGUUCGCAUGGACUGAAGACCUUGGACUUGAAAAAUAAAACGUACUGUAUGGAAAGCUAUAGGUUAAGCUUAUUUGUUUUGCUAAUUAUCUUGCAUAAUGUAUAAUCAUCUAUUAUUUACAUUUCCUAUUUAAGUUGAGAACCUCUGGUUUACAUAAUUAAGUAAACAGUUGUGUUAUGAAUAUAACCAGUGUACAUUGAAUUUUAACGGCCAAACGUCUUAACCCUCAGAAGUGAGCACCUAUCAAGUUUACUUAAAUGUUUGACUGUAAGCAUUUCAGAUUGGUGGUUUAUUUUAUUGGCAGACUCGCAGAAAAUCUGUGCCUGUAACAUUCUGUACCGAAAACUUACCACAGAACUGAGACAGCCAUCAUUCACAAACUUUCACAUGCCCUUUGUGUGUUUGGUAGUUGAAUAUUUUGGCUAAUGUUAUUAAGCUUUAAGUUGCCAGCACUUUAACCAGUGUUGUACACUUCUGUUUAACCAUGUUUAAAUCAAAUCUGCAUUUGUUCCCAAAGUUAUACUCUAGAGCAGAAAACAGAAAUUCAAUAAGAUAAGUUAUAUCUCAUAAACCUUUCUCCAUGCAGUGAUAUGCUUAUCAGAUAUGCAAGUUGCUGUAUAUGAUCCUUUUGCAAAAAGCCAAUCCCCAACUAGCUAAAGCCAUAACCAAAGACAAAAAGUUUAUUUGAGAACACUUUUGUCAUGUUGACAAAACGACGAUCACUAAGAAGAUCCCAGAAGCCCUGCAAAAUUCGCCUUAACAUUAUCAAGCUGUAGCAGAUCUUGUAUAUGGUGCCUCUGUAUAGUUGGUUUGUUUUCAUAAGAGUCAAAUCAUACAAGUGCAGUCUUCCUCAUGCCACAAUAACUACAUCUGCACACAGUCCAUUAGUGUUUAAAUAAAGUCAGUGAGUGCUCAAGGGACGUGUGGGCUUCAGUGAACAUAAAGCUGUUAACUGCCUGAUUUUUCUAAAACCAAUUGAUUUGAGGCAUUUGUAUCUCUGACAUGAUUUAUGUCCAAUUAAGAGAAGUGUGAUUCAUUUGUUUACAUUGUGUUUACAAUGGCACGGUUUCAUUUUUAAGACCACAUGUAUAGGUAUAUUUACAAUGUUUGCAUAUUUAUUAAGAUUAAACAACUGAUGUGUAAGUGUUUCACUAUUGGAAUAUAAUGUUGCAGUAGUCACUUGUAUUGAUAUCUGGAUGAUUUUUGGUAAGUAGUAGGUAAUUUUUAUGACUACUAACUGACUCUUUUUUGUGCCUUUUUAUGGUAGAUGCAUGGUUAACUAUUUAUUACAAUAUGGAGGUCACUGAGAUGUGUAUUUUUGUAUCCUGAUUAAAUAAAUGUUUCAAUUUUGAUGUAAAUUUUAAGGUGGUGAAGCGCUGCCUGUUGAUAUCUUCCUUCUUCAAUAAAACUGAAUGCAUACACAGUAAAACAGUUUGUUGUCUUUU